AUUACAUGUGUAUGAGCUGAGUUUCUCAUCAGGUGGAGGAGGGGAUGGUGGUCGGUGUGACACCAGAUGGCUGUCAAGCAGCAGACCACUGUUCAAGACCAACCGCAUGUAUUUUUAAAUGACAGGCUGCGAUCAUGUGACCAAUGUGCUGAUGGGAGUAAACACAGAAGAGGUCCUGAGCUGUCUGUAAGGAGGCAGGUUGGGGCGGUGGAUGGGUCACAUAACACAGGACUUUCCCUUGGAGGCAGCUGUUUGGAACCGUGUGAACUUUGAGUGAAUUUUAGGUCAUUUUAAGAUUUCAUGGACUGGUGGCCUGUCAGCUGAUAGAGCAGCAGCCAUUGUGAAGACAUCAGUCACAGAGAGACAAGGUGCAGCUGGAAUAAUAUAUAAAGGCAGAUGACAGAGAGGUAAAGCGCAGCAGUGCAGACAGCCAGUGAAUAAGCGAGCUGUACCUCUGUGGGUCCUGUCACCAGCACAGAUCUGAAGGUGUUGCUGUGUGAACAAUGCAUGAGCGAUGUCUGAUGUUGAGGCCACGUACGCAGACUUCAUCGCCUCCGGCAGGACAGGACGCAGGAACGCCAUGCACGACAUUCUGCAGAGUCCCACCGACCCCGAGGGACGAGAAAUGCCCCUCACCCUGUCCCUGUCCCAGCUGCACAUCAACGCAGGAGGGGGAGAUGGAAACGACACUGAGGACAGCCAGAGCUCUUCUUCCUCGACCCACAGGGAGGUGGAGCAGAGGAACAGCUAACCUGCCACACACUCCUGCCAGUGGACACAGAGCUGCAAGAUGGAUUUCAGCUGCCAUUGUGAUGAAGCCGAUGGUCCACAGUGGUCUGGUAACCGGAGGGUAGCACCACCACUGCUGAGGUGCCUAUAAACAGGGCACUGACCCCCCUAAAUCCACUGUAGAGGCGCUGUGCUGUGCUGCGAUGUGAUCACCCAGUGCUCUCAUGUCCCUGUGGCUCUGCUGUGCACUAGAAUAACAGACUGUUGGCAGGGGUGUAUUUCAGAGUUGGAGUAAGCAGAGAGUCAAAUCUGUAGCUCAUGUACAGCUGAUUUUACUUUCAGUCUUAGUUACUAAACACACAGGCUGGAUGGAUGGAAUGAAAAAAGAAAAUAGAUGUGAAUUUGUAGUUGUGCAGGCAAUUUGUAAGACCGCUGAGACGUGCUGAUGUAAUGGGUCACAGUGGGAGUAGCAUGUUUGUAGUGAUGCUGAUAGAGAUUAUAUUGCCAGUUAAUGGCUUGUGCUUCCUUUGAAUUGACAAUACUUUGGAGGGAAUUGGACUACUCAACUGUAGUGAAACACCAUGAAUAAAAACACUGGGGUUUGGUUACUUUAUCUCUUGAAAGGUGUGUUCACUAAAUCUGUUGUGUUUGAUGGACAAAAUCCAGUCAAGUGUGAAACUGGUUUGUACUGUAGAAAGCAGCAGACUGGUUGGUAAUGUGACACUGUUAUGUUGACCAACAACACUUAAUAAUGCCGUACAUUUACAGUGAGUACAGUAGGAACGACAUAUUUCAAUGGUUCAGUGGUUAAAAGAAUGAUGAUGGUGUACUAUCUUUUAAAAUGUUGAUACUUUUUAAAAAAGAAAACACUUUUCUAAUGAUGCCAUUAUGUAUAAUCACAACCUUAAAGGAGCAGUUUGAAAUUUUGGGAAAUACUCUUACUUGCUUUCUUGCCAAGAGUUUUGAGAAGAUUGAUGCCACAGGUUCCCACGGGUCCUUGAAAUCCAAUCAAGGCCUUGAAAGUUUUUAAAAUUAGACAUUUGAUAUGGUCUGCAAUUACUGUUAGGCGGGAUUUAUACUCGUGCGGCAGGCCUACGCACGUGGCCAACACUGUUGUGGGCAUUUAUACCUCUGCGGUGGUGUGUCUGUGUCACUCUGCAGUUACACCUCCAAAACACUGGUCGGCAGUGCUGUAAAGUUUAGUUGAUUUAAAACACACCCAAAACACAGGUUAAACAUGGCUUAAUAGAGAUAAUUUCAAACACAAGUACACAAAUCAGCUUCACUAUAACUCACAGCAUUCCCAGACAUAGCACUUGUGUUAAUCCAGACACAUUUUCCCCACAAAUACAACAUGCUAUACAUGUUUUUAGCACAAGCCUAUGGCAUUUUACAUUGUAUAAAUUAGCCUUGCAGCUAGCGAACUUUUCCUCUUCUCGUAGGAAGUCAGGGACAACAGCAGCAUUUAACAAAGGUAACGUGACAAAAUUCAGCUCCAUUACAACUCACAAGGUUCACUGACAAAACAACUGUCUUACAUUAAACUCAUUUUCCAAACAAAUAUAAAAUGCUAACGUUAUUAGCACAAGCCUAUGGCAUUUUACAUUGUAUAAAUUAGCCUAGCGAAAAGCC